AUGAUUCCCCGACUGAUUGUCGGGUUAACUGCUCUCACUGUGCUGCCUGUGACGGCUAGCCCGGCUGGGUUGUCGCGUCGAGGGACAGUCGCAUCCGACCAGCUUGUUGGAUUUCCUCAGACAGUUCCAGCUGGUGCUACUGGGGACCUAUAUCUGGCCUAUCAGCCAGAUCUAUAUGUUGUUAAUGGCUGCGUGCCUUUCCCGGCCGUAGAUGCAAACGGGAACACCAAUGCCGGUCUCAAACCAACAGGAGAUCCAAGUGGCCAGUGCAGUAGUAGUACGGGGCAGAUAUAUGUGAGGGGCGGUGCUUCAGGCGACCAUUAUGCCCUGAUGUACUCCUGGUAUUUCCCCAAGGAUUCGCCUUCGACGGAUCUCGGUCAUCGCCACGAUUGGGAAGGAGUUAUUAUCUGGCUUUCCGACGCCACAAGUACCACUGCCUCGAACAUCCUGGCCGUUUGCCCGUCGGCACAUGGCGGCUGGGACUGUAGUACAGACGGAUAUACGCUUGAUGGCACUGCAUCUCUGAUCAAGUACCAAUCCGUUUGGCCUGUCAAUCAUGCCUGUGGCCUAACGACUACCGUGGGUGGCACACAGCCGUUGGUUGCCUGGGAGUCAAUGUCAACUGUCGUGCAAAAUGCCUUGGAUACAACGGACUUUGGGUCAGGGAAUGUUCCUUUCAACGAGCCAAAUUUUGUCAACAACCUGGCAAAGGCAAAAUUCUAG